AUGAAGGAAGUCAUUUCUGCAAUCACAAUUUCACUGCAUUAUGUGCUCAAUAUGGAGUUCCGCCACCGCACUGCAUUGGCCUAUCAUCCCCAAGCAAAUGGUCAAGCAGAAGUAUCAAAUUGGGAAAUAAAGAGUAUACGUGAAAAAACUGUGAAUACAUCAAUGAAAGAUUGGUCAAAGAGGAUAGAUGACUCCUUAUGGGCAUAUAGAACUGCUUUCAAAACACCCAUAGGGAUGUCACCAUAUCGAUUGGUAUUUGGGAAGGCUUGUCAUCUUCCAGUGGAGCUUGAACAAAGGGCAUAUUGGGCGGUGAAAAAGCUAAAUGUAGAUAAGUUCCGCAACGAGGCUUAUGAGAAAGGAAAAAUCUAUAAGGAGAAGAUGUAG